GUCCCCGCGCUGCAGUCGGGCUCGCCGCGGUGCCGGGGUCCCCGCCGGGCGAUGGAGUCGGGUCUGCCCGAAGCGUGAGGCGCCUCCGCUCGGUUCUGGAGAGAGGGGGGCGCGAGGUCUGGAGACUCGGGGCGGCGGACGGGAGCCCUCCCCCCCGCCCCGCCUCCGGGGCACCAGCUUCGGCUCCAUUGUUUCCUCCCGGGCUGGAGGCGCCGAGCACCGAGCAACGCCUGGAACGGAGCGCCAGCCGUGGGGCUCUCGCGACCCCGCGAGGACCCGCGCAGAACCCGGGGGCGACGAGCCGGAGAGGGGGACGCGGGCGCCCGCCCGCCCGCUUGGCCAAGCCACGGCGAGCUCUCCAGAGGCAGAACCUCUGCGCCAAGUGAGAGUCAGCUUGCAAAGGAAGAUCAAGCGCAAGGUGGAGUAUCCAUGGAGGUGUGGAGCCUUGUCACCAACCUCUAACUGCAGAACUGGGAUGUGGAGCUGGAAGUGCCUCCUCUUCUGGGCUGUGCUGGUCACAGCCACACUCUGUACUGCCAGGCCGGCCCCCACCUUGCCUGAACAAGCUCAGCCUUGGGGAGCCCCUGAGGAAGUGGAGUCCCUCCUGGUCCACCCCGGUGACCUGCUGCAGCUCCGCUGUCGGCUGCGGGACGAUGUGCAGAGCAUCAACUGGCUGCGGGAUGGGGUGCAGCUGGUGGAGAGCAACCGUACCCGCAUCACAGGGGAGGAGGUGGAGGUGCGGGAUUCUGUGCCCGCUGACUCUGGCCUCUACGCUUGUGUGACCAGCAGCCCCUCUGGCAGCGAUACCACCUACUUCUCCGUCAAUGUCUCAGAUGCCCUCCCCUCCUCGGAGGAUGACGACGACGAUGAUGACUCCUCCUCAGAGGAGAAAGAGACAGAUAACACCAAACCAAACCGUAUGCCUGUGGCUCCAUACUGGACAUCCCCAGAAAAGAUGGAAAAGAAAUUGCAUGCAGUGCCAGCUGCCAAGACAGUGAAGUUCAAAUGUCCUUCCAGUGGGACUCCGAACCCCACACUGCGUUGGCUGAAGAAUGGCAAAGAGUUCAAACCUGACCACAGGAUUGGAGGCUACAAGGUCCGUUACGCCACAUGGAGCAUCAUAAUGGACUCAGUGGUGCCCUCCGAUAAGGGCAACUAUACCUGCAUCGUGGAGAAUGAGUAUGGCAGCAUAAACCACACGUACCAGCUGGAUGUUGUGGAGCGGUCCCCUCACCGGCCCAUCCUGCAAGCUGGGUUGCCUGCCAACAAGACAGUGGCCCUGGGCAGCAAUGUGGAGUUCAUGUGUAAAGUAUACAGCGACCCACAGCCCCAUAUCCAGUGGCUAAAGCACAUCGAGGUGAAUGGGAGUAAGAUUGGUCCGGACAACCUGCCUUAUGUCCAGAUCUUGAAGACGGCCGGAGUUAAUACCACCGACAAAGAGAUGGAGGUGCUUCACUUGCGAAAUGUCUCCUUUGAGGACGCGGGGGAGUAUACGUGCUUGGCGGGUAACUCUAUCGGACUCUCCCAUCACUCUGCAUGGUUGACCGUGUUGGAAGCCCUGGAAGAGAGGCCGGCCGUGAUGACCUCACCCCUCUACCUGGAGAUCAUCAUCUACUGCACGGGGGCCUUCCUCAUCUCCUGCAUGGUGGGCUCUGUCAUCAUCUACAAGAUGAAGAGUGGCACCAAGAAGAGCGACUUCCACAGCCAGAUGGCUGUGCACAAGCUGGCCAAGAGCAUUCCUCUGCGCAGACAGGUAACAGUGUCGGCUGACUCCAGUGCAUCCAUGAACUCCGGGGUUCUUCUAGUUCGGCCCUCACGGCUCUCUUCCAGCGGGACUCCUAUGCUAGCUGGAGUCUCAGAAUAUGAGCUUCCCGAAGACCCCCGUUGGGAGCUGCCCCGAGACAGGUUGGUCUUAGGCAAGCCACUGGGAGAGGGCUGCUUUGGGCAGGUGGUGUUGGCAGAGGCCAUCGGGCUAGACAAGGACAAACCCAACCGCGUGACCAAAGUAGCUGUGAAGAUGUUGAAGUCGGACGCAACAGAGAAGGACCUGUCAGACCUUAUCUCAGAGAUGGAGAUGAUGAAGAUGAUUGGGAAACACAAGAAUAUCAUCAACCUGCUGGGAGCCUGUACACAGGAUGGUCCUCUGUAUGUCAUUGUGGAGUAUGCCUCCAAGGGCAAUCUCCGAGAGUACCUGCAGGCCCGGAGGCCCCCAGGACUGGAAUACUGCUAUAACCCCAGCCACAACCCGGAGGAACAGCUCUCUUCCAAGGACCUGGUAUCCUGUGCCUAUCAGGUGGCCCGAGGCAUGGAGUAUCUUGCUUCUAAGAAGUGCAUCCACCGAGACCUGGCCGCCAGGAACGUGCUGGUGACAGAAGACAACGUGAUGAAGAUCGCAGACUUCGGCCUGGCCCGGGACAUCCACCACAUCGACUACUAUAAAAAGACAACCAACGGCCGGCUGCCUGUGAAGUGGAUGGCACCCGAGGCCUUGUUUGACCGGAUCUACACCCACCAGAGUGAUGUGUGGUCUUUUGGGGUGCUUCUAUGGGAAAUCUUCACCCUGGGCGGCUCCCCGUACCCUGGUGUGCCUGUGGAAGAGCUUUUCAAGCUGCUGAAGGAGGGCCAUCGGAUGGACAAGCCUAGUAACUGCACCAACGAGCUGUACAUGAUGAUGCGGGACUGCUGGCAUGCAGUGCCCUCCCAGAGGCCUACCUUCAAGCAGUUGGUGGAAGACCUGGACCGCAUUGUGGCCUUGACUUCCAACCAGGAGUAUCUGGACCUGUCCAUGCCUCUGGACCAGUACUCCCCCAGCUUUCCCGAUACCCGAAGCUCUACCUGCUCCUCGGGGGAGGAUUCUGUCUUCUCUCAUGAGCCAUUGCCCGAGGAGCCCUGUCUGCCCCGACAUCCCACCCCACUAGCCAACGGCGGACUCAAGCGACGCUGAUACCCCGAAGCUCCACCAUCAGCUGUGCUCCUCACCCACAGCUCCGGCUGGACUCAACUGCCUUCCUCCUUCCCUUUUCCUGCUGGCAGGAGCCGGCUGCCUGUGUGAGGCCUUCUUGUGUGGUCUGUCUUCCCCUACUAAGCACCCCCUUCCUCUUCCUCAGCCUGCUUGUGAGAGGGGAGCGGAGGCAGGUACUUGCUGGUAGCCACUUCACUCCCUCCCAAGUUCGGACCAAGACCCUUCCCUGCCGCGGGCACUGCCUGGAGGGCCGGCUGGGAGUGGAACGAGCAGGCAAGCAGGGCGAGCUUCCCGAGUGAGUGGUCCUGUGUUGUCAGUCCCUGGCAUUCGGUGGCCGCCGGGGCCUGGUCCUCGGGCUCCCGCCGCAGGGAGGCCACUGCUCCAGGCCUCGGUGGAGGACCCUCUGUUCCACGUAGAGGGUGCCAGUGGCUUAGUAAUUGUAGUACUAAUUUGCUUCGCUGACCAAAACGCCUGGUCCCAGAGGAUGGCAAGGGCAAAGACUGGAGCAGUGGUGUGGUCCUGGACUGGGGGCUUUGUACAUAGCUAUGAAGAAAACACAAAGUGUAUAAAUCUGAGUAUAUAUUUACAUGUCUUUUUAAAAGGGUCGUUACCAGAGAUUUGCCCAUUGGGUAAGAUGCUCCUGGUGACAGGGAGGCAUCCGUUGCUAUAUAUUAAAAACAAAGAAAAAAGAAAAAAAAUGGAAAAUGUUUUUUAAAAGGUCAUAUAUUUUUUGCUACUUUUGCUGUUUUAUUUUUUUAAAUUAUGUUCUAAACCUAUUUUCAGUUUAGGUCCCUCAAUAAAAAUUGUUGCUGCUUCAUUUUUA